AUGAAUCCCUUCAACGUCAGCUUUCCUUUCGUGGGCAACAGCAGUUUAGACUUUUUCAGGGCUCGAGACCACAUGAAGUCCGACUACACAGUCGUUGCUCGAGUUUACCACUACCUUCUACCAGAGUACUUGCCAUUCUUGCUGCUCCUGGUAUUUUUGGCUUGCACCACCGGAGCCUUGUUGCGAACUGUUUUGAGAGAUGCAAAAAUUCCCAUUCUUAUUAUAAUGUCUGUCAUAGGAGUUGGCCUUGGAAUAUCAUCACAUUAUAUACACAAGGCAGUUGCAGAAAUAGAUCCUAAUUUUUUUCUUCAUAUGUUUACACCAGUUAUAAUAUUUACAGCUGCAUUUGACAUGGAUUUUUAUGUAUUUCGAAAAUCAUUUUGGCAGGUGUUGGUCCUUGCAGUUCCUGGAUUUUUGAUGAAUAGUGCUCUCAUUGGUGGAUUAACUUAUAAAAUCAAUAGGUAUGGCUGGGAUUGGGAUACUAGCAUGCUAUUUGGAAUAAUACUUAGUACAACGGACCCUAUCCUUUCUGUUGUUUCUUUAAAAAACAUAGGUCUUUCAAACAUUAUAAUCAACAUGAUUACAGGAGAGUCUUUGUGUAAUGAUGCAACCACAUCAAUUCUUUUUGAUCUGUAUAGGGAUCUUGUGGAGAAUGUUCAUACAGAGAUAGCUACUGAGAUUUUUAUAAAAUUAACUCUGAAGUUUUUUGCAAGUGUCGUAUUUGGAUUUUUUUCAUCAAGAGUUGUUAUGUUUUGGCUGAAACAUGUGUUCAAUGAUGGAAUUGUUGAAGUAAUUUUAAGCUUCUCAAUGGCAUAUGUAAUUUUCUUUGUUGCUGAAUGGACUGGAAUGUCUGGAGUUGUUUCUAUUACUAUUUUGGGUCUUCUUUUAGAUUCUUUAAGCUUUAGUCCAGGAACCGACAUCUUUCUUACUAAGUUCUGGUCAAUGAUGACAUUCGUGGCUCACCUUAUGAUAUUCCUUAUUGUAGGACUUGUGAUAGCUGAAAAAACAUUUCUGUAUAUGAAUGCCCGUGUUUUAUUUUAUGUUGUGACAGCCUACCUUGCAAUGAAUCUUACAAGGGCUUUGGUUAUUUUUGCACUGAGCCCUUUUUUGAGCCGUCUUGGCUAUGGAUUUAAUUGGCGUUGGGGAGCUGUUAUUGCUUGGAGUGGAAUGAGGGGCACAUUUACUUUGAAUAUGGCUCUUGCAGUUGGUCAAGAAGAAGGUCUAGAUAAACAGCAGUGGAAAAGCACGGUAUUAUUGCAUGCCGGAACAAUAUCUUUAUUGACCUUGAUGAUUAAUUCUACCACUGUGAAAAGGAUGGUUAUGGCUUUAGGCCUCUGUGAUAUCACUCUUCCAAAACGAAUGGCUAUGAGUAAUGCUAUUCAGCGUAUCAUUCAAAUGGAGACACACAGCUUUUCAUUGCUGAAACUUGACAGAUAUUUGGCUGAUGCAAAUUGGGCAAUGGCUGAAGAAACCAUUAGAAUUGAUUACCCUUAUAAAGUGAGUAUCAUCAUAUUAUUUAAGAUGAAGGUCUUUCAAUGUCCAGACUGUGAACGUCAUGUUUCAUUUCAGAGGAGUCCUCAACAACAUGGCGACUUAAUGGAAGAAGCCAGGUUGCGUCUCUUAAAUGCUCAAAUAGCAACUUAUCAGAAGCAGUACAACACUGGGAUUCUUAACCAAGAAGCUGCCCACACACUGAUCGGUGCAGCAGAAAACUAUAUUGAUAUCCAAGGAAAGUUUAUGAAUAUCCAAGAAGUAAAGACAUACUGGGAAAGCAAAGGAUUACUAGUAACAAUUAAAAACUGGCUUCUGGAUUGGUCUUAUAAUGUAAAAGAGGAAAAAUUUAGGCCAUCAAGAAAUAAGAUUCUAAGGAUGUCCCAUUAUGCAGUAUUCAUGGAUGAAUUCGAAGAUACAGCUGCUGUCAUAACGUUACUGAACAUCUGCCCUAUUAUUUUUCAUUUUAUACCAGGAAUUAAGACAGAAUUUCAUGAACAACUAAAACUAUGCAACUACUAUUUUUUGAGUUUGUAUAUAAUCGAAGCAGUAAUGAAGGCUUUAGCAAUGGGGUGGGCAUACCUCUAUCAUCACUGGAACCAGUUUGAACUUUUAAUAGUAAUAGUGGGAAUUAUAGAUGUCAUCAUUAUGAAUGUCCUUAAGCGAAUUCAACCAGAAUAUUAUGUGAUAAAAACCAUCAGUGUAUUUCGAAUUUUUCGUCUUCUAAGAAUUCUGCGACUCUUGAAGGUUGUGAUACCAAAAGUUAUUACCUUACUGGAUAAACAAAUAAACAAGCAGCUCACUUUUCGUUAUGAUAUUGCCAAAGGAUAUGUUCAAGGUGAAGAAAAUAUAAGUUGUUUAAUUGAGCAGAUAGCUGGCAAUGAAAGAGUUUAUAGGGAUUUAAAAACAAUAUAUGAUAAGAACAAACAAGGAGCCAUGAAGGAAUUAGGACUAAUUCAGCAUGAGUAUCCAGAAAUUGUUACUGCUGUGAAAACUAAACAAGCGGUCCAAACAGUGCUAAACACAGCUUUUGAAACUCUUAAAUUCAUGGUUUCUGGAGGAAUUGUUAAUGAACAUGAAGGGAGAGAACUGCAUCAGAUACUCCUAUUAAAAGAAAAACAGCUUGCAAUGCUUCCGCCUAUGAUUGCACCACCUACUGCAGAGGAACUUCUAUACAAUAUCGUAUGGUUACAGAAUGACAGAGACCGCAUAGACUUUAUUAAGAAAAAAGCAAAAAUUAUAUGUUUUGACUAUGGGGAUAUCAUAUGUGAAGAAGGUGAACUUCCACGUGGCAUUCAUUUAAUUACAUCUGGGAUGACAAAGCUGCAUGGAUCUGCUCCUCGUUAUGGAGUUGAGAAAGAAUUGUAUGAACAAAGACAUCCAACAAGUCUUCCCUAUACAGAUUAUUUGGUUACUGGAGCUAUAAUAGGAGAGCUGAAUUGCUUAACUAAGCAAGAAAUGGAGUUUACGGUUACAUGUGAAACUGCUGUACAGACAUGUUUUAUCUCUAUAGAGGAUUUGUUUGAAGCUUUUGAUAAGUAUUUGGAAUAUCCAUCUUUAGAAUAUAAAAUAUGGCUGAAACUUUCUCUGGAUGUUGCUCUCAAAACUUUCAAGGAAAACCUUCCUUAUGAAGACUGGUCAUAUAAAAUGUGUGGGCAGCUUUCCAACGUGUAUGUGCUGGAUGUACCCAAUCAUACCAAACAUGACAUUUAUGAUGGGACCAUGCAAUAUGUGAUUCUUGUUCAUGGAACUGUACAAGACUGCCAGCUCCUACAGCUUUUUUGUGCACCAUGCAUUUUACCUAAAACCUGCCACCAGGUACAAGGUACUGCAGCAGCAUCAAAGCUAUUUGUUGUACGGGCCAUAGAGCCUAUGAGGAGGAAGGAUGGCAGAAAAUUAAGCAGCAUUUGCCAAAUUCAUGCAGGUCCUUCAAGACAUGGAUUAUGCAUAUCUGGACUCAGUGAAACACAGCAGGUCAUCAGAGUGAUGACACACAAACACCACGUUCCAGGACCACAGUCAAGACAGGGAACACGGAAUGUGGAUGUAAGGCAUAAAUACAUGUGUUAGCUCCCUGGUGAAACAAAUUCUAUUUUGUUGUUAAUUUUUAUGGUGAAUAUUUUAGAUUAAACAUUUUACAUGUUUUAAAGGUUUUUCUUCAGAACAAAUUUGCUGGUUAAAAAGUAACAGUUUAGAUGUAAAUUGAUGAUUCAACCUAUCCUAAUUGGUGAGAGUUUUGAAAUACUGUUAAUGUUGUUUUAAUUGAUGCAAUAAAAUUGAA